AUAAUAUAGAUUUAAUUAAACAUUAUACAACAUUAAUAUUGAAUUUAAAGUGAUUCUUAUUUUACGCAAUAUUUUAAAAUGUUUUGCAUUAAUGCAUAGUCCACAGACAAGGCUGUAGAUGUUGGUCUGUCAUUAGCAAUCGCAUUUUAUCUUCUUUAUAUCCAUUCCUCAGAAUCCCACAGUUUUUCCUUCUAAUAGGCAUAUUUCGUUGUAUUUUUAGUUAUUUAUUUAUUUUUUUUAUUCACAGAUAAUUCGACUGUAUAUAAAAACCUGUCCAGAUGUCACCCUCACAUGAAGGUGUACCUGAAGGAUGAAGUUCCCGAUCGGCUGCACUAUAAAAACAACGCGAGGAUUCAGCCAAUCAUUCUGGUGGCAGAUGAAGGCUGGACGAUCGUCAAAAAUGGCAGACUCCCGCGCCUGGGCGAUCAUGGCUAUGACAAUACAUUUCCCAGCAUGCACCCCUUCCUGGCCGCCCAUGGGCCUGCGUUUCGCAAAGGCUACAAGAUGUCGAGCUUGAACAGUGUGGAUCUCUACCCGCUCAUGUGUCACCUGCUGGGCAUCCCUCCGAAGCCCAACAACGGCAGCUUCACUUAUGUGCGCUGUGCGCUAGUUAACGAGCAGUGCGGGCAGCUAGCGCUAGCGGUGGGCAUCGUCAUCGGAGUUCUGAUCAUCCUGACCACCUUCACCUGUCUAUUCAAGCUGAUGAAGAACAGAGAUGUCUCGUCUUCACGUCCGUUCGCCCGCUUGGAGUUAGAGGAGGACGAUGAUGACGUGCCACUGCUGGAAUGAAGCAGUUAUUAGACGCAGGGACUGUCUCGGAUGGAGACAUUUGACUCGAUACAAGCACAUUUUUAAGGAAUAGUUCAUCUAAAUGAUGACUGCAUUUGCAUUUUAAGGCGAACUGUUCCUUUAAAUGCUGAAAUGGUGCCGAUGUGCCAAUCGUAUUGAAACUGUAAGGUAACAAAAUUCUGCGAAACACUGAAGACAUGACAAAACAUGUCCUCAACAUUAUCAGCAGCUCUUGAGAUAGAAAUAUUUCACAGAUGUUCAUUUUGAAAAUGUCUCACUCUUUUUCUUAAAGGGAUAGUUCACCCAAAAAUGGAAAUUCCAAACAGUUGCUGGUCAACAUUGACUUCCAUAGAAUGGAAAAAAAUAUACUAUGGAAGUCAAUGGACUUGUUUGACAACCAACAUUCUUCAAAAUAUAUUCUGUUAUGAUUAACAGAAGAAAGAAACUCAGACAAGUUUGGAGUUAGGUGAACUGUUCCUUUAUUCCUAUUCCUUUUCCUGAUAUGGAAGCUAAUUUCUGCCACAAAAAAAAAAAAAAAAAAAAAAA